UGUGCGUGUUUGCGCAAGCUUGGCCUGCAUGGCCGAGAGCAUUUGAGGAAACGUAGCAAGCGGUGUGAAUGUGGGUACAGGUGGUCCUUGAAACACACGGACGCCCGCUGCAUUGGUGUUUUGCAGCAGGCCCGACGAUAAUAUGCUCGGCUCAUCAGCCGUCAAUACUGCAGGGCCAUUAGCAGAGGUUCGUUGGACUGUUACUUUUUUGAUCUGCGUCGCUUCCCAAGCUGCAUCGUCCUCAUCCCUGCUACUCGCAUCAGAGCCACUCAGUAAAGUGAUAGCAGGCUUCGCAGACUUUCGUGCGUCUGCUUCCAUAGUGUCCUGCAGUGUGUCGAAGGCAUCUUCGAUUUGCGUUUUGCGAAG